AGCUCUUCUACGGCCUCUGUCUUGGUAGAAGGAAGCUUCAACAACGACGGCGCAGCACAAACCGCGUCCACUGAGCAAGCUAGAAAUCCCUCAUCGUCUCCCUGUAUCGAUACCCGGCGGCCACGUCGCAGAAACAUCUGCGCAGCUCCUUUGAUACAAGUCGCAGAAAUGGCGUACAACCGGCCCUACGACCCCGAUGCUCUCCCCAGAUUUGCUGAGCCUGAACCUAAACCAGGUCAAGCGCCCUCUCCGCAUGCUGGAGCGCCUCCACAGCAGAGAUAUGAUCGCCCUCAGCAGCCACAGUAUCACCAGCAGCAACCACAAUACCAACAGCACCAGCCUCCCCCCCGGCCCGAUCAGCACCAGUACGAUCACCCACCGCGGCGUGAUACGGCGGGACAUGGCCAAGGACAGCCGAGAUACGACCAGCGACACGACACAAAGUCACCAAUCCACCACCCAGGCGCGUACGGGCUCGGAUCACCGCCUCCUGUAGCGGCUGCUCAACGCCCAGCAGCUCAGCACCACCCUGCUCCCGCCUCUCGACCACCCCCAUCCCCAUCCAACGACAUGAAUGGUGCGGAUCCAACACUGCUGCCUUUAUUCCGGGCUGUGGAUAAGGAUGGAACCGGUCACCUAUCCGAAAAGGAGCUCUCAGCAGCCCUCGUCAACGGCGAUUGGACCGCCUUCGACAUCCAAACGGUCCGUAUGAUGAUUCGCAUGUUCGACUCGGACCGCAGCGGCACCAUUGGCUUCCAGGAGUUCUGCGGACUGUGGUCCUUCCUCGCCUCGUGGCGCACUCUCUUCGACCGCUUCGACGUCGACCGCAGCGGCAAUAUCUCCCUACCAGAAUUCACCGAUGCCCUCAUUGCAUUCCGCUAUCGCCUCAGCCCGCAGUUCGUCGAGCUGCUGUUCCGUACGUACGAUAAGCGCGGCGAGGGCGUCAUGAGCUUUGAUCUGUUUGUCCAGGCUUGUAUCUCGCUGAAGCGUAUGACGGAUGUGUUUAAGCGGUACGAUGAUGACCGGGAUGGGUACAUUACUUUGAGCUUUGAGGACUUCUUGAGCGAGAUUUUGAAGCAGAUGAAGUAAUAUCCUCUUUCUAUUCAAAGGAAUUGAAGAGAAGAAAAAAUGGAAAGGAAGCGGAGGGCUGGCUGGAGUUGCUUGGGCAUUUAUCGACGUAGGUCUGAAGGAGGUGGGCAUAGAUGGGCAGAUGGAUGCACGAUACCCUGGGAGAUGUGAGGGCGUCUCAUCUGCAUCUAGAAGUCUCAUCUCGCAUACAUGUACCAUUUUUGUUGUUUGCUUUCUCCCUCGCAUAGUAUUUUUAAAGACAUUUAUUCAUC